GCACGUCCACAAUAAACUACAUGCUGCCAAUCUGUCACCAUGGCGGCUCAUAUUAAACACCAACCCCAACCCAUUCUCUCUCACUCUCCCUCUCCCUCUCAUCACCACCACUCCUCAGCCCAAGCCCACUUCAUUUUCCGGCGAGCCCACUCUCUUCAUCAUUUCUAAUUCCUGGCAUAUACAUAUAGCAGCACAUACCACAUAGCAUCCUAUUAUAUAUCCACCACCCCAAUUUAAUUUCACUCCAACCCAUCAUCAUGUAUCACCGUAGAUUCAACAAACCAAUAAACGUGGCUGACCCAGAUGAGCCCGAGCCCGCCUCAGAAGCUGGGCCCGCUUCUCCUUCUUCCGGUGAAGACACUAAAACGGAAGCACCAUCACCCAAGAAAAGGAGGGAGAUGAAGAAGAGGGUGGUGACGAUACCGAUCGGUGACGUGGAUGGAUCUAAGAGCAAAGGAGAGACAUAUCCACCGUCUGAUUCAUGGGCCUGGAGGAAGUACGGCCAGAAGCCCAUCAAAGGCUCCCCUUACCCAAGGGGAUACUACCGAUGCAGCAGUUCAAAGGGGUGUCCCGCAAGGAAGCAAGUUGAGAGAAGCCGUGUGGACCCCACAAAGCUCAUAGUCACAUACUCUUACGAACACAACCACUCCCUCCCAAUUCCAAAAUCAAACUCCGCCGCCGCCUCCGCCGCCGCCUCCGCCUCCCUGCCUUCGCCCGCCGAAUCCGCCGACCGCUUCCCGCCGGAGGAGCCCGCCGUCUUCGCCACGCACUCCGACCUCGAACUCGCCGGCGACGCGGCGGUUCUGCUCGGCCACCACCACUUCGGGUGGUUCGACGACGUCUCGUCCACCGGCGUCCUCGAGAGCCCCAUCUGCGGCGAGGUGGAUGACGUGGCGGUGCCGAUGAGGGAGGAGGACGAGUCGCUGUUCGCCGAUCUCGGCGAGUUGCCGGAGUGUUCGGCGGUUUUCCGGCGGAGGAAUAUUCCGAGGGGCGGCGCGAUCCCCUGCGGCGGCAUCACAGGAUAACGCGGGUGGACCUUUUUCUUUCGCCCCGCGUUGUUACGUAGUGAUGAUGUUAUUAUAUUCGCGGCCUGAAAAUCGUGUGCCAUUAAAAAAUUGGAAAAUGAUUAAAUAAAUAAAUUGAUUAAUUUGCAAUUCAUGGAUUUCUUUUUUUCUUGCGAUGUACAUUUGAAUAAACAAUUGAUUAGUUACAGCUCUGCAGAAUUGAUAUG